AGCCCAAUGCAGGCUCCUCUCUCCAUCCCAGCCCAGCUCUGAUCACCGCCUCCUUAUUGAGGCCUGGGGAGGGGAGUCAGGCACCGAGCUGCUCAUACACACACACAUUGCUUGUACUGGGGCUGCUAUCUUGCCUGGCUCCGGUGGUUUUGUCUCUUCUGGAUCAGCACGGAUAAUACCAGCAAACAUGAGCACCGGCAGCUAGCCUGGGCAUGAUCCCACUGCAGCCCCUCAUUGGCCUGGAUGUAGGACCUCUUGUUGUAGGAUACAAUGCCUCACUUCAGCACCUUGACUGUCUGCAUCUCAGCUACAAGCCUUGCUGUGUUCCAGCUCUUGUUUCAUAUUGGAAGUUCGUGGCUCUCCUCAAGAUUAACUGGUGGCUUUAGCAAGCUCAGUGCAAAGCAAAAGAUUGAAUGGAACUCCAGGACAGUAUCCACAUUCCAUGCUUUGGUGGUUGGCUGUUUCUGUUUGUUUAUUUUAGUGUAUGACGAUGCUGUUAAUGCAGAUCCAGUUUGGGGAGAUCCCUACAUGGUCAAGUUGAAUGUUGCAAUAACCUCAGGCUACCUCAUUUCAGACUUGUUGCUUAUUAUUUAUUACUGGAAGGCGAUUGGUGAUAAAUAUUUUGUAACGCAUCAUUUGGCAGCACUGUAUGCUUACUUCUAUGUACUGGGUGAAGGAAUGUUGCCAUAUUUUGGUAAUUUCCGCCUUCUUGCGGAGUUCUCAACUCCUUUCGUUAAUCAAAGGUGGUUCUUCGAAGUGCUGGGAUACCCAAAAUAUACGCUCCCUAAUAUGGUCAACGGUGUCCUGAUGACAAUCGUGUUCUUCAUUGUGAGGAUAAUGGUGAUUCCAAUCUACUAUCAACGUGUUUUUUCCACUUUUGGCACAGAGGCGUUUCACAGACUUGGACUUGGGGCACAGUGCGCCUGGAUAAUUUCUAGUGUAUCUCUGGAUAUAAUGAACGUGAUGUGGAUGAUGAAAAUCGCCAAAGGGUGCUACAAAGUUCUCUACCACAAUGAUGGUAAAUUGACCAAAACUCACGAUAAUGGGAAACUCGAAUAAAAGGAAUAUAUGGAUUGUCUUCCAACCAGCAGCUGUUGGGGCCAUUAACAGAUCUGCAUGCUCUUCGUUUCUGUUAUAAAAUGCAUUCGAAUAGACUUCCAUUAAUACCUCUUUAAAAUGUAACACCCUUUGCACUGCCCCUGAGCUACUACAACCAUACUACUCCAAAGAAAGGAAAAAACAAAAAUUGGUUCUUUAAUAUUUCAACUGGAAGUUACCUCAAAAUACUGCAAAAGUUUUUUUUUUAUGAUGAUGGAAUAUACAUCCAGUGUUCAUUUUAAAUUUAUAUAAAUUAAAUUCAGAUAUAAAAAGUGAUUUUCUUCUAAUUUUAAAGGGAUUUUAAAUACUUCUUGUUUUUGUGUAAAAAAAUAAAGAAAAAUUGUGCUUUGCUCCACACUCCUUAGAGCAGUGAUGGCAAACCUUGGCACUCCAGAGAUUUCAGAACUACAUUUUCCAUGAUGCUUUACUGGACUUCAGAUGUUUCAGAACUACAUUUCCCAUGAUGCUUUACUGGACUUUAGAGAACCUAAGCAUCAUGGGAAAUGUAGUUCUGAAACAUCUGGAGUGCCACGGUUCGCCAUCACUGCCCUAGAGGCCAAAAAGUAGACGUGCAUUCAUCACAAAUGUAGACAAAAAGCCGAAUUUCUUUUUGUGAAUGUGCAACACACUAAGAUCUGGAUUUGCACUCACAAAAGAAGACAUCUGAAAAUAGCCGAAUGUGCAUUUAUAUCCCUACAAAUGACACGAAUGCACAGGCCUACCAAAAAGCAAAUGCUGCAAAUCAAAUAGCUGGCCUAUGCAAAUUGCAGCGUUUUAUAAACCUGUUACAGAUUUUUCUAUUUGGCAUCUCUAGGAAGCGUGGUACAGCCUCAAUUUUCUUUUUUUUAUCACAAAAGCAAGAGGUAUUUAAUGGUACAUUUUUAUUAAAUAAUUACAGAUCCAGUGUUUGUUUUAAAUUUGAUUAUAUCAAGUUCAAAUAUAAAAAUAUUUGAUCUAUUCUCUGAUUUUUAAAAGGGGCAUUACAUUUCUCUUUGUGUAAAAAUAAAUUGUGCUUGAUCCACACUCACAAAUUCUGCAACCUAAGUUUUUAAAAUGCUGCAAAUUAAAUAGCUGAUUUAGGCAAAUUACAGCAUUCUGAAAACCUAAGUUACAGAUGUUCCUCUUUGGACUUUCUAGGGAGCGUGGAUCAAGCAUGUUUUUUUUUUUAACUAAAAAAAUGUCCCUCCUAAAGGACCAGUAAAACCCUUAAGAGAUAUUUGCAAUAUAUUUUCAUGAUUUAUUUUGUCCCCUUUUCAUGUAUAAACAGCACCCUGCUGGCUUCUCGAGGCUAACCCUGCUACAUAUAUCCCCAAUUGGCUUUAACUGAUAACUGCAAAACAAUGCAAUACUAACCUCAUAGCUGGAGCUAGCAUUCUUGUCUGAGGUCUAAGGGGUCGAUUUAUCAAAGGCUUCGCAAGCCUUUCGACCCCAUACGGCUGCAGGUUCUCACAAGAGAACCUGCAUGCCGUAUUUAACAAGCAGCGGUCAUCAGACCUCUGCUUUCCUAACCUUUCGCCACCUCUAAAGUGGCAAAUUUCAAUCUCCCCGGUAUAUUCCGACCGGGGAGAUUGACAGCUCCUGCCCGCGCGUGAUUGGCUGUGAGCAGGCAGCGGGCGCGAUUGCAUGCUAGUGCAAAAUAGCGCUCAUGUGCAAUGUUGAAUUCCGCCUCGUUUUGAUAAAUCGCACCCUACAGCCCAGAUUGGCUCCUCCAAAUAAGGCAAAUGGUGGAUGGAGUUUGGCUAUUGAUAAAAUAUUGCAGUAAAAAGGGUGUUAAUUUGUUUAACAAAUGUUAAGACUUGGCUGCUAUGUUGUUCUAUAGCAAUGACGGCAAACCAUGGCACUUCAGAUGUUUCAGAACUACAUUUCCCAUGAUGCUCGAUCACACUUCAGAGUACCUAAGCAUCAUGGGAAAUGUAGUUCUGAAACCUCUGUAGUGCCACGGUUCGACCAUUAUUGUUCAAAAGCUAAACAGAAAUGUCUUGUAAUUGCAAGGUGAUUACUGUCCCUUUUUUUAAUUGGUCAGUAUUAAAAUAUGAGUUCACUAAAAACCGUAUGCGACACCAGCGGCAAUAUUAACCUUCCCCCCAUUAAUGUGUAGAAAUUUGAUGGUUGUGGGGCUAAUGUUGAAUAAAUAGGAAAUGUUCUUGGCAAAUAUUCUGAAUAUAUUUUUGGCUGUACAUAUGUAUCUAUUAUUUAGGGAGUAGGGAGGUAGACGUGAACUGAAAUGCAUAAUGAUCUAGUUGGCUUUUUGUAUUUGUAAAUAUUUCAUUUGACACAGUGACGUCCCUCAGAGAAUAUUUGAAAUAAGUAGCAAAAAAAAAAAAAAAAAAUUAAAUAAAAAAAAAAAAAAAAAAAAAAAUCAAUUGAAUAAAUUGCAUUGCCUGGGUAUUUACAGCAGGUACUUUAAAAUACUUUUGACUCAGGUUUUUUCUAGUGCUUUUUUUAUUAUUUUAAUGUACUUGUGUAGGCUUUAGAAUUGAGUUGUUCACGUUGCUAGUGUGCUCUCUCACAGCGUUCUGUUGACCUUAUGAAUAAUUAACGUUAGUUUGCAUUUUUAAUGAAUUUCACCGGGUUCAGUUACACGGAGAGAAUCUUAAUGUUUCCAUCACCUUUUCAAGUUUUUUUUUUUGUUGCUUUAAUGCAUGAGCCAAAUAAUGGAAACUGUUAUUUUUGAUUACUCUGCACUUUGGCAAGAAACACAACAGUUUUAAUAUGUAUAAUUUUAUUAGUCAUUUAAUAUAUAGAUGUUUUUGUUUUCCACAAUUCUGUAGAAGCAUUAAAAAGGCAACUGUUAAUAAAUACCUGACAUUUGUGUCAUAACGCACACAAAAAAAAAAGUUUAUUAUUCAUUUAUUUUUCCUAAUAACAGGAGAGCAAUAACCAUAAGAGCUUUUAUUUUCUUAAUCAGAUAAUGUCCAAUAAAAUAGUUGCUUAAAUGCAAUGAAUAAUGACAUUUUGGAAGAUUAACUGUUAUUUUUGUCUACAUGUGUUGUACCAAGAUAGGGUUACUGCAAGAUCUGUAAAUGAAUGGAGAAAAUUCCCAGUUUAUUAUGCUAUUUUGAAUAAUGAAUGCAAUAAAAAAAAUUACAUUAA